GUACAAGAAUUCACAAAAGGAAAAUAUUUCAUUUUUGUGUUCUUCAGGGAAGUUAUGGUCUUGUUACAACUCCAAAUACCAGAGAGCUUGCUUUGGUAAUCCCAUGGAAGUUGAUACGGGCAACAAUCUAGUUCCAUCUAGGCUUUUUUUCUUUUCUGGAUUCUACUGCUGGGACUGGGAGUUCUUGACUGCUCUCCUUCUCUUUAGUUGUUCCGUUUGAAAUCGCCGAUUUCAUUUUCUUUUUUUUUUUCUGCUUAUUUUUUCCUUUCAUCUGAUUAUUGUGAUUCUCCUGUUAGAUUUUGUAAUUUUUUUUCCUUUUUUGAGAAUUUGAUCUCGUUGACGGAGUUUUGGUGAUCGAUCCAUGGCGCAAAGGUCUGUUCCGGCGCCGUUUCUGACCAAGACGUAUCAGCUGGUGGAUGAUCCGAUCACCGACGAUGUGAUUUCGUGGAAUGAAAACGGCACCUCCUUCGUCGUCUGGAAAACCGCUGAUUUUGCAAAGGAUUUGCUGCCUAAUUGUUUCAAGCACAAUAAUUUCUCCAGCUUCGUUCGGCAGCUGAAUACCUAUGGGUUUCGGAAGGUUGUGCCGGAUAAAUGGGAAUUCAUGAACGAGAAUUUCCGGCGAGGGCAGAAGGAGCUUCUCUCAGAGAUACGUCGUCGGAAGACGGCUAGUUCAUCUCCAACUACUGCGGCUGGAAAAAAUGCUGGUGCCGGACCUUCCUCGCCUUCAAACUCCGGCGAAGAACUCGGGUCAUCCUCUACCUCCUCGCCGGACUCGAAGAACCCCGGAUCGGUUGAGACGGCAACCCCGACUCAGUUUGCUGACUUAUCAGGUGAGAACGAGAAGCUGAAGAAGGACAACGAGGUGCUGAGCUCGGAACUCGCACAGGCAAAAAAGAAGUGCGAGGAGCUGAUCGCGUUCUUAACGGACUAUGUGAAGGUCGGGCCUGAUCAGAUCAAUCGCAUCAUGCGUCAAGGCAGCUGUGGUUCCACCCAUGAUGUUGAUGAUCUUGGUUGCAGUGGCGAAGAUGAUGACGAUGAUGAUGAUCACGAUGACGACGAAAAAGGCGGCGGAGAAGAUGGUGGAAGUUUGAAACUGUUCGGGGUUUGGCUGAAAGGAAAGGAGAAAAAGAGACGCCGUGAGGAAACUGUUUUCGGUGGUCCCCAUGCCAAGGAGAUGAAGACCGUGGAUUUUCAUCAUGCUCCGUUAAUGAAGAGCAGCAAGGUGUGUAACUAACCACAAUCGGCGCUUGAUAAAGGGGGAACGCAAGAUAAGUCUGCUGCGGCCCCUCUCAGUAGAUUUGUAUAAUGGUUUGAUUUGUAAUUGGUUAGGAACAAAAAUUACUCAUAUAAUUAGUUCUGAUAAUAAGGAUUAAGAUGGAUGUCAUUUUAUUUUUCUUGUUUAGGUGGGUGUGAGAGAAUUCAUUAGAUGCUGAGACAAAAAAAUCUUUCUGGCUUUCUUUCCCAUCUAGACUUCAUUUUAGUGUGUUAUUAUGAAAUAUUUGUAUGUGACAUGUCCUAUUAAUAGGAUAUGUAAAAUGUUGUUAUUGUUUAAUCAUCUCAGAAAAUGUAAUAUGGUUAUUGCUUCAAGGCUUUAAUUAAUACAAUAUUCUCAA